AGCAUCUUGCGCGUGUCCGAUUCCUUCUCCCGAGGUGAAUGUGUCGUCCGGCUGUGGUUUGUGUGGUGCUAGCAGCGUGGGCGUGUGUUUGCCCACAGCCAGCAUCAUGCAGCGUUUAUUUCAAUUACAGACCUGUGAUUGGUGUUUUAGCCCAAGAAAACUUGGAAAGUGACCACCAUGCAAAAGGAUCCUCCUAUAUUGCUGCUUCUUAUGUAAAGUAUUUGGAGUCAGCUGGUGCCAGGGUUGUACCCAUAAGGAUAAAUAAGACAGAAGAGGAUUAUAGCAAACUUUUCUACUCAAUCAAUGGGUUGUUGCUGCCAGGUGGAGAUGUGGAUCUUCAGAAGUCCCAGUUUAGUAGAGUGGCCAAGAUUUUCUAUGAACUAGCAAUCAAGGCCAAUGAUGAUUCUGAUUAUUUUCCAAUAUGGGGAACUUGUCAAGGCUUCCAGCAGCUAACCGUUCUGACCAGCAACGAGAAUCUGCUGACAUUAACCAACACUAAAGCUGUGGCCAUGCCACUCGUCUUUGCUCCAGGAGCACAGAACAGCAGGCUGUUCAAAAGCUUCCCGAAGGACCUCCUUCACGCACUUUCUUCUGAGAACAUCACAUCCAAUUUCCACAGCUGGAGCAUGUCUAUACAGAAUUUCACCAGCAACUACAAACUCAAGCGAUUCUACAAAGUCUUGACCACAAAUACAGAUGGCAGGAAGGAGUUCAUCUCUACAAUGGAAGCUUAUCGAUACCCAUUCUACGCCGUUCAGUGGCACCCAGAGAAAAGCCAGUUUGAAUGGAUAGACAAGUCAGGCAUGAUCCACUCCACCUCAGCCAUUAGAGCCUCCUUCUACACAGCCAGCUUCUUCGUCUCUGAAGCUAUGAAAAGCCAGCACCACUUUCCCACACCGAGCGAUGAGGAGAAGGCUCUUAUUUACAACUAUGAUCCUGUUUUCAAAGGCAUGAACAGCAUCUUCAUUCAGAACUACUACUUUGAUUAGACCUGUCCUUAGUACAGGGCCAAGCCGGUAUUUGUUUUCUCUGACUUAUUUUCAGAGCAGCAGCAUGUUCACUCCAGCCAACAUUGAAUCAGUGAUAUUAUAGUUGAUCAUCUUUGAUUGUGCCUGUGAAACUGUCAACCUGUGAUGCUUGAAUGUUUGAGCUUGUGUACAUUUUUUGUUUUCUGUUUUUACUCUUUGUGCUGGUUUUAGUGAUAUACAGCAGGCGAUUGUUGCAUGUUUAAGAUAAACCUCACUGAAUGUAGCAGUGCUGUCCGGUGUGAGUAGCUCAGCAACACUGUAUUAGACCGAGGUCAUUCAGCCUUUGGACUCUUGUGAUCAAGACAAUCUGAUUGUUAAGCUUGCUUUUACUGUAAACUUGACUGCUGCUGUGUCAUCAUGUAAUCAGCAGGUUUUACUGUACAUUUUAAAACCCACUGUAGAAUAAACCACAGCAUGAAAACUUUUUAAA